AGCAAGUUCACCUGCUACACACGGGCGCCUCCCACACUCUUUGUCACCGGACCGCCCGGUACAGGUAAAACUGUGGUGCUGCUGCUGAUGGCCAUACAGUGGCUGCGGUGUGGUCACCACGUCAACGUUGUCAGUAUUUGUAUAGAGAGUCGUGCAGCGAGCAUCAUGUUGUAUCACCUGUUGCUGCAGACAGUAAACACACAACAGUCAGCAGGUGUAUCACGUGGUCAGCCUCACCUCCUGCUGUAUGAGAUUGAUGGCGUUAAAAGCUUGAAGAAGGCCCUAAGGGACUUGUCACGGGCGGCGAACGGAGGGGCGUUGUACGUCAUCGCUGAUGAAGUAGCAGGUAGUUAUAGGAGCCCCUACUUCCCGCUACUCUGUGACAAGUUGUUGACAUACAUCCCUCGUGUCCAUCUGUGGGCGGCAAGUUGUUUCCAUGAACGCGCACCCGCCGGCUGGCAAGUGGAAUAUUUAACCAGACCCCUCCGCUCUCCUCCGGCCGUCGUCAGGGAAGUCGAGCGGGACGAGAUGAUCACUAGAAGCCGUCUCGCCAAACCGUACAGAGAGCGAGGUGUGCCCGACCACACAGACGGCCCGCCAGUCACACGACUGUAUCACGGAGGUCAGGGUCACUCGGACUGCAGUCCAGUUGACUGUGUGACGUGCGGUCGUAAGGUGGCCAGCUUCCUACACAGUCUCCGUGUUGGUGUUACAGGGAGUUGCACAACAACAUCAAGAACAUUCACCCCCACCAGCGGCGGCACAACAACACCCUGUCUACAGUGGAGAGACGUGCUGGUGUUGAACUGGCAUGACAUUAGUGACGACUCAGGUAUGGUGAAGGGACUGCAAGAAGCGGGUAUCCCAGUGCGGGUGAUGAAGGAUGAUGACAUCGAGGACGUGGCCACGGCCUUCAGUGACGUGGUGUGGGUGGGGAACGGACGAUGUGUUCGUGGUCUGGAGAGAAAAGUCGUCGUGUGUGUGGAGGAUCAUGUGUAUGACUUCAUUACUUCUUCCUUCAAUACACGUACAAAAAUGAAAGACAUGGUGGAACGGUACAUCCACACCUCUUCACGACUUAACCUCAUGUCCCGCUGUACAUCGCAACUUAUGAUUGUCUCCACUGACUUCGAGAUCUCUGAAGAUGACUAAUAUUCACUCACCUGUCACCGUUGUAUUUGUGUAUCUGUCUCUCUUUUGCAUUAACAGUUGUUUGUAGCUUUUCUCCUCUUCUACUGUCAGUUUAUCACGAGAUUACAAAAAGUGUGUGUGUAUUAGUGUCAACUUCAAUAUCACACGGACCUACUUUACGAAACAUCUAUUGCAACCAUCACAGUUAUCAUGGAAAAUAAACUAUUUAGUUCAGAGUAUA